AUGGCUGACAAAACUCUCGAAAAACCAACGACGUACAUCCGCCAUGCGAGAAACACAUCUCAUCCCUAUAACCGCUCUUCAAAUAUACAACUUGCCACUCCACCAGAGACUCCACCCCGCCAGAAGCAACGUCCUUGCGCGUCUGUGAAGAGGGAGGAAGUGAAGAAAGUGAAAGAGGGGAAGGAGGAACAACUUGAUCUCCCUCUUCAGCGCGCUGAUGCCACUCCCGGUAUGGAGGAAGUAAAGAAAGUGAAAGAGGAGAAGGAUGAACAGCUCGAUCUCCCUCUUCAGCGGGCUGAAUUCAUUCCCAUUAUGAAUGAAUUAGAGCGCCAAAAGAUCAAGUUGGACGAAAUCACCGAAUUCUUGCAAGAACAGGUGGGGAUACUGCGUUGCGGCCUGUGUGAAAAGGUCUUUCGAGACCCGUAUGCGUUGGACUGCGGUCAUGUUUUCUGUGCCAAAUGUCUCAACAACUACAAACACUCAAAGAUACGGGCACCAGACUACGCGUCCGAGCCCCUCGUAUGCCCCGACAAGAAGUGUCAGUCAAAAAUAUUGUUUGGCCCAUGGGUUUCUCGGUCGCUGGGAGCGGUCGCUGACUUGCUGGGGAAGGAGUUGCCGGUUCUGAGAGGACCAGAGACUUAUUAUGAUCUGAUCUGGGUUGGAAAGACGGAAAUACUGUGGAAAUUAGAUUUCCUCAAGUUCAAGAGGACGCUGUACUUUCGUCGUAGGGCAUUGCAAAAGAUCAGGGACUACGACGCUUCGCUCCUGUAA